AUGACCUCGAAGCAAGUUAGUUUUGGCGACUUGCCAAUUGACUCGUCGGAUGACGAACAGCAAUCCCAGGACGAGGAAAAGAGCGAAGAACUGACCAUCUUGGAAGAGUACAAGUUAUGGAGGAAAAAUUGUCGGUACAUGUACGAUUUCAUUAGCGAGACCGCGUUGACAUGGCCGUCGUUGUCUAUCCAAUGGGUUCUAGGCGACACUUUUGAAAACAAAACCAAAGACACAAAGAUUUCCAAGACCAGAAAUCUGUUGCUGACCACGCACACGUCGGGAGAAGAUGUGAACUACUUGAAGAUCGCGUCUACUCAGAUUCCUGCCUCUAUUUGGGACAAUGGUCCAGAAAUCACGCCGGAGGAGUUGCAACAAAUCAACUCGAGACUCAGAAUCUCCAAGAAACUGGAUCAAGAAAUGGAAAUCAAUAGAGUCCGUGCAAUGCCCCAGAAUAAUAAAGUCAUUUCCACCAUCAACGGAAACGGAGAGGUGUUUGUGUAUUGUUUGGAUUCCCAGAUGAACGAGCAAAGUAAGACAAAACUGGUGCACCACACUGACAACGGAUACGGAUUGAGUUGGAACCCUGUGGUGGCAGAACAAUUGGUCACUGGCUCGGACGACCAGACGGUGGCUAUUUGGGACUGUUCGCAAACGGGCGCGGAGCUGACUCCAACACAGGUGUUCAAACACCACACAGGUAUCGUUAACGAUGUUAAAUGGCACAACUUCUCGGGAAACACGCUCGGAUCCGUGUCUGAGGACAAAAACUUCAUAUACCAGGACACGAGAGCACAGGACCCAGCCAUCAAGACGGUGUUAAGCUCCAAAACCAGCUUUAACACGCUCUGUUUCUCGCGGUUCUCCAAAAACAUCUUUGCCGCUGGAGGCGAAGACGGAAACGUUUACCUAUACGACUUGAGAGACGUUUCAAAGCCGCUCCAUACCAUGAUGGGCCAUACGAAAUCCAUCACCAACCUCGAAUGGGAUCCGUUCCACGAAAACAUAGUUGGCUCAUCGUCUCUGGACCGGCGCAUCAUUCUUUGGGACAUCAACAAGAUCGGUCAGGAGCAAUUGCAGGACGAAAUGGAAGAUGGUGUCUCGGAGCUUCUCAUGAUGCACGGGGGACAUACUGGAGGAAUCAACGACUUCCAGUUCAGCGAGGAAAUCCCUUGGACAGUUGCCAGCUGUGCAGAUGACAACAUCGUCCAUCUCUGGAAGGUCAACAAGAAGGUGGUCGACGAGGAUCCUGUCGAGGUUGAUCUGGCAGAGCUUGAGUAG